AUGGGUUGCCUGCACAACUUCCCCGAGGGCAUUGCAGUGUUCCUGGGGUCCAUGAAGGUGAGGAGGAGUGGGAAGGUGUUACUGGGGGUGCUGGGGGUACUAGUGGAUCAGCCGCCUUCCCCCCAUCCUCUCUACAGCCUGCACAACUUCCCUCGAGGCAUCGCUGUGUUCCUGGGAUCCAUAAAGGGUCUGCGAUUGGGCAUCAGCCUAGCGGUGGCAAUAGCGUUACACAACAUCCCCGAGGGCCUCGCAGUCGCCCUCCCCAUCUACUUCGGCACAUGCAGCCUCUUCUCAGGCCCCUAUGCUCCUCUCACCCGUUUCUCCUCCUAUUCCCUUCAGGGCCUAAGAGUGGGCAUCAGCCUGGCAGUAGCCAUCGCUUUGCACAACAUCCCGGAGGGCCUUGCAGUCGCCCUCCCCAUCUACUUCGGCACGAGAAGCCGCUGGGCCGCCUUCCGAGCCGCGGCUCUCUCGGGGGCUGCGGAGCCUUUGGGGGUGGUCUUCGUGGCCCUCUUCUUCCCGGCCUUGCUCGCCCCGGACCUCAUUGAGGGGCUUCUGGCUGGAGUGGGGGGCAUCAUGGCGUUCCUCGUGCUGCACGAGAUGCUGCCUCUCGCCUUUGAGUACGCGGGUCAUCGCAGGGCAGUGCAGGCCAUGUUCCUGGGCAUGGCAGUCAUGUCCGCCAAUCUGCACCUCCUCGCGCUCUCCCUCCCUCCGGACAUCUCCUUGUGA